AUGUCCGAGAGCCAAGGCCACUCUCCCAGGAACUUCUACAAUGUCCCACCACUCUCUGCCAUUGUACAUGGGUCUAAGCUCAUAAGCUUUGAAGAUGGAUUUUUUUUACCCAGCAGCUGCCAUGGCAGGACCUGGCUCCUGGACGACUUUCAAGAAACCUGCAGUGAAACUACCAGCUGCAAAGUGCCCAACUGUAAACAGGAACUGGGCACAGAGCAGAGCUGCAUGCAAAGUGCUUGCCUCCCCAGAGCUUUCCAAACAACUUGCUCUAGUUCCAGGCCCUGUGAAAAGACAAUAUGCCAAUCAGGACGUUCCUCAGCAAUGUUGGCGUGUGUUUCUCAGCCUUGCCAGUCAGGAAGCAGCCAGAAAGUUAGAGUCCAGAACUGCCAGCCUGUGAGCCACGUGGCAAAGAGUUGUCCACCCAAGACUUAUCUGUCUAAGAGUUGUCAGACUCUGGAAUGUGACCCUGGCCAAUGUCAAUCUCAGAGCCCUGAAUCCGGUUCCUGUAGGCCUCCGGUCUAUGUCGCACCAGGGCCACAACUCCUGGAAUCUUCUUCUAACACUUAUGAGCCAACCUGCUGUGUUACUGGUGGUUUGCAACUGCCUAGUAAGUGA